GGAAUGAUGCCCCUGUGAGUCUCUAGGUUACUUGAUUAAUUAGUUAAAACCCUCACCUGCCCACUUUCAGAAAAGUCUUUCAUGAAGGACAUGGUGUGAAGUCCAUUAUGACUUCAAGAUUACAGAUACUCUCUGCAGCUAUACAUCACUAAUCUAGGUGUACCUAAAUUUAUUGAACAAGAAAGACCUAAAAAAAGGAUUUGUAAGAGACAGCAUAAUGGUUGGAUACCUGGAGAAUACCACUGGCAAAUUAUGUUGAGCAGCUAGGAGAAGGGGGAGUGAAUCUACUCUUUACUAGCAAUCCUGAGUCACUUUUCUCAACACAGAAGAGAUACAGCUAGGGUUGACAGAGAUAUGGAGGCAGCCGCUGAGGCUGCAGAAGGGGAAUCAUCAUUUAGCAGUACUAUCAGCGAUAAUUCUAGCUUGUCUGAGUCUCAUUCUAAUUCAAAGACUCGGAGACUGACAUCAAGUGUUACAUCACAUGAUUCUCACCUCAGAAGCAGGCCUUUGUCACUACCUGCACAGUCUUUCAACAACCUUCAAACAGAAACGACACAAAAUAACAGUGUUAGAGCCGCAAGUUUCAGCUACAGAGGGUCAGUUUGCAAACCCAACUUCCAGAUCAGAAGUUACAGUUCAGUUGUAUUCUCUGUGCAGAGCAAACGUAUUGAGUUCAUUCUUCCUGACCAAAAUAGCUUGAUAAUAGAAAAUUGUUCAGGAAACUGGACAGUAGGACAAGUGAAAGAUAAAGUUUGGAAAUUAUUAGAAUCAGCUGGUUUGUUGGAAAGCCUCCAGAAUCAUACCUUGACUAAUUACAGAGAUGAAUAUGUGUUGAAAUAUCAUUUGAAGGGAGAUGUGUAUGAACUGUUUGACAAUCUUCAGCUCAUGCAGACAUUAAAAAUUUAUCCAUUGUGGCUGGAAGAUAACAGCACACCUGGUCAGCUAUUUAUUGCAAAAAAGCAACAAAAAACAGAUGAGGACAAGCACUGUGAUCUGACGAUUGGCUACAUCAUGGACAUGGAUCUACGUAACAUUUUUCUUACGUCUGAUCCAGAAUUGGCAUGGACACGUAGAAUAUUAGUCAGUGUUUGUGAGGAAGCAGUCAAAACUAGAGAUCUAAUGCAGUAUGCCAUGGAGCCCGACACACUCAGUAUUGCACCACCAUCACAUGUCUGCAAGAAAUGUCCAGACAAUGAAAUAGAAAUUGAACUUUACUUUGGUAAAGAAGCACUUGAUUUGAGCAAGAUCUCCCAAAAGUUCAACAUCACUACAAAAGCCGACAGCAUCGUACAAGAAGCAUUUUCAUAUUACCAAGAGCAAGGCUUGGCAUCAGGAUUAAUAGAUGAGUGGACUCUCAAACUAUGUGGCUAUGAAGACUACGUGUGGGGUGAUCAUGAAAUCCUCACAUUCAGACGUAUUCAAUGGUUGCUCAUCAAAGACAUUACCAUUUGUAUUACCCUUGUUAGGAAGCCUGAUUUGUCUGCUAAUCGUCUUCCCAAUAUGACAAAAAUGGACAUGGUUGACAACAACUCAUAUCUUGGUGGCUUACAUGAGCAUCUCACAGCAACCCAAAAAAAGCCAGAAGAUGUCUUCAUCAUGUCAAUGUGGGACAUCACACAUAAUUUCAGGAUUAAAGUGAUUGGAAUCAAUGGACUUGAGAUGCCUUCUACUGAAGGCUGUGAUCAUGACGUGAUAGUAGGUAAUGUGUUUGUAGAAGCAGCUCUCUACCAUGGUGGUGUUCCAUUGACAACAUGUUUGUCAUCAAUUGAAUAUCCAUUUAAACCUAAUAUCUACUUUCAUCAGUGGCUUAGAUCAGACAUCCAAGUAAAGAAUAUUCCAAAGACAGCUCGUCUUUGUCUUGUUGUCAAAGCUCAUAUACAAGGUUGCUCUAACCCUGUUCCCGUCUACCGAGCCAAUCUCCAGCUUCUAGAUCAUAGAGGUGUUUUGAGACGUGGUUUAAUAAAUCUGCCACUGUGGCCGGUUACUGAGCUAGCAAAUUUGAUCAAUUUGAAAAAAGUUACUGUUGACUCUGGAAUGCAACCCAGUGGACCUGUAACACCAAAUCCAUCUUCAAAAGCACCAAUUCUCUAUAUUCAGCUUCAUUCAUAUGCACAUCCUGUGGUAUGUCCUCACAGUGGCAACCCAUGUGGCGGUGAUUCAUCUGCUUUACGCAACCCAACUAAAAACCAACCACCCAAAGGUACACCAAUGGAACAAAUGCUGAUGGACAUUGUACAAUCAGAUGCUCUGACAAUGUUAGACGACACACAACGUGACUUGGUUGAGACAUAUCGUCACUACCUUUGUAAGAAAUACCCAGAUGCCCUUCCAAAGUAUCUACUAUCUGUCAAAUGGUCUGACCUACACAAUGUACUUGAAGCACAAAAAUUAUUAGAAGAAUGGAAGCAGCCCAUUUCAUUAGAGACAUGUCUGCAGCUUCUUGAUUACCACUUUGCAGAUGAGAAUGUACGAUGUUGUGCAGUCAAGCGGCUACAGCAACUUCACAAUGAUGAACUUCAACUAUAUUUGCUUCAAUUAGUUCAGGUUCUAAAAUUUGAACCCUACAACGAUAAUCCUUUAGUCCGAUUUCUGCUGACGAGAGCACUGCAAAGCAAGAAGAUUGGCUACCGCUUCUUCUGGUUUCUUGCUUCAGAAAUGAGUACACCUGAGUAUCAAUGUAGAUUUGGAGUGAUAUUAGAAGCUUAUCUGAGAUACUGUGGAGUUGGGAUGCUGGAAGAACUAUACAAACAGCGCCAAGCCAUCAAGGCAUUCAAUUUAGUGGCAUUACGCCUAAAGAAAUUUUUGGAGCCUAAAGGUUGCAACCGCAUGGUUGGAAGUGAAUAUGUACGAAACGAGUUGUUUUCUGCUCUCAAGAAGCGAGAUCUACCAAGUUCCUUCCUACUUCACUAUAACAGCAGCAUUCGUGUCGGGAAGUUGAAUAUCAGAGCUUGCAAACACAUGAAUUCAAAAAAGAAGCCUUUGUGGCUCGAGUUUGAAAAUAUGGAUCCAUCUGCAAAGUCAUCUGCUCCAAUUGGCAUUAUUUUCAAACACGGUGACGAUCUCCGGCAAGACAUGCUUGCUCUGCAAACGCUGAUGUUGAUGGAAAGGCUUUGGCACGAGAAGGGUCUCAACCUAUACUUGGUACCAUACGGCUGUGUGGCUACUGGCUGUCAGGCAGGAGUAAUUGAAGUGGUCCCACAUGCAGAGACUAUAGCAAGGAUUCAAUUAAAGGCAGAUGAAGAGAAAACUCUCCUUGAACGAUGUUUGAGAAACUCUACAUUAAAAGAAGAUACGAUCACUGAAUGGCUAAAAGGAUCUGCUAGUUGGAGAACUGUAUCACAGCAACAAAUUGUUGAUAAAUUUGUUCUCUCAUGCGCUGGAUAUUGUAUAGCUACAUAUGUGCUGGGAAUUGGUGAUCGGCACAGUGACAACAUCAUGUUGAAGUCAGAUGGCAAUUUGUUUCAUAUUGAUUUUGGCCACUUUCUGGGAAACAAAAAAUAUUUCAGAGUGGCAGGUCAGAAAAUAAUAAAGAGGGAACGUGUCCCAUUUGUUCUCACUCCUGAUUUUGUUCACGUAAUGGGAGGAAAGGAUGGCAUUGCUUUCAGAAAGUUUCGGCAGACUUGUUCUGAGGCUUAUGCUCAUCUUCGGUCACAAACACAUCUCUUUAUCAAUCUGUUUCACAUGAUGAUCCCUUCUGGGAUGAAGGAACUUAGUCGAGCUGAGGAUAUUGAAUAUCUCCGCAAUGCGCUGUGUGCUGGUCAAUGUGACCUGAUGGCUGAGGAGCAUAUUCGUAGUCAGAUAAAUCGUUGCGUACAAGAUGGUUGGAAAACAACUGUUGAUUGGUGGUUUCAUUACUGGUCUGCCAGAAAGUAGUGGAGCAACUCUCACACAAGAAGAUUAGCUUUACAAGUCGCAUGGGCUCUACAAGCCAAGAACUUAAUUAACUAUGGUACUUUUAAUAGAUAAAUGUAAAUAAAUAACAUGAUCGAUUUUAUCUUCGCGUUAA